CCGCCCAUCCGCCGCGAUUCGGGCUCCGCCCUCUCGCGUUGGCCACGCCCCCUACGGGGCCCCGCCCCCCCAUGGCGCCGCCGCCGCCAUGAGCGGGGGGGGGGAGGGACCGGGACCCCCCCCGGGACCGGCACCGGGACCGGGACCCCCCCCCGCGGCCGAGCGGGGCGGGCAGCGCGUGCGGGGCCGCGUGCUCGCGGCCUGGAACAGCGUCAAAUACGGCUGGACGCUGCGGCCGCGGCCCCACUUCAGCCCGCGGGACCCCCUGUACCUGCUGGGGAGGGUCUACACGCCGGGGAACGGGGAGGAGCUGGCGCGGUUCCGGCGGGAUUUCUGCUCCCGGUUGUGGCUGACGUACCGGAGCGGGUUCCCGGCGCUGCCCGGGACCCUCCGCACCACCGACUGCGGCUGGGGCUGCACGCUGCGCAGCGCGCAGAUGCUGCUGGGCCAGGGGCUGCUGCUGCACCUGCUGGGCCGCGACUGGAUGUGGCCGGAGGCGCUGCUGGAACUGGAGCCGGGGGCGUCCCGCAGGAGCCGCGACCCCCCGGGACGGACACGGCCCCCCCGGGAUGGACCGAGGGUCCCCCGGGAUGGACACGGAUCCCCCAGGACGGACAGGGCGUCCCCCGGGAGGACGCGGGACCCCCUGGGAUGGACCCGGGAGCCCCCAGGACGGAGCCAGGAGCCCCCAGGAUGGACGCGACCCCCCCAGAAUGGACAGGGAUCUCCCGGGGUGGACACGGAGCGCUCCGGGGGGACACGGGACCCCUCGGGACGGACCCGGGACCCCUCGGGACGGGCACGGGACCCCCCGGGCGCCCCCCGAGCCCCCCGGGACGCGGAGCAGCGGCACCGCGCCAUCGUGUCCUGGUUCUCCGACCACCCCCGCGCCCCGUUCGGGAUCCACCGGCUGGUGGAGCUGGGCCGGGAGUUCGGCAAGAGCGCCGGGGACUGGUUCGGCCCCGCCAUCGCCGCCCACCUGCUGCGGGGGGCCGUGGAAUCGUGCACGGAGACCCCCGGGCUCGCCGUCUACGUGGCCCAGGACUGCACCGUUUACAAAGAGGACGUGGCCAGGUUGGUGCGGGGCGACCGUGACGGGGCGACAGCGGGACCCGGAGCCCCGGGACCGGGAACACCGGGAGCCCCGGGACACGGAACACCGGGACCGGGAACACCGGGAUUGGGAACACCGGGAGCCCCGGGACACGGAACACCGGGACCGGGAACACCAGGAGCCCCGGGACACGGGAUACCGGGAGCGCCGGGAGCUCCGGGACCGGGAACACCGGGAGCCCCGGGACCGGGAACACCGGGAUUGGGAACACCGGGAGCCCCGGGACCGGGAACACCGGGAACACCGGGAGCCCCGGGACACGGAACACCGGGACCGGGAACACCAGGAGCCCCGGGACACGGGAUACCGGGAGCUCCGGGACCGGGAACACCGGGAGCCCCGGGACCGGGAACACCGGGAGCGCCGGAGCCGGGGCGGCGCCGCGGGCUCGUCCUGCUGGUGCCGGCGCGGUUGGGGGGCGAGAGCCUGAACCCCGUGUACGUGGAGUGCGUCAAGGAGCUGCUGCAGCUCCGCUCCUGCCUCGGCAUCAUCGGCGGGAAGCCCCGGCACUCGCUCUACUUCCUCGGCUUCCAAGGUGAUUCCCUGCUCUACCUGGACCCGCACCUCUGCCAGCCCUGCGUGGACACGGCCCGGGAGAACUUCCCUCUCCAGUCCUUCCACUGCUGCUUCCCGCGGAAAAUGUCCUUCGGGAAGAUGGAUCCCAGCUGCACCUUCGGCUUCUACGCCGGCGGGACGGAGCUGGAGCAGCUCUGGGGGGACCUGGCCCGGGUGCUGGCCCCCCCCUCGGCUCCGGAGCGUUAUCCCAUCUUCACUCUGGCCGAGGGCCGCGCCCAGCACCAGGCCCUGGACGCCCCCCCCGGGCCGCCCCUUCCCCUCCCCCGCCGGGGGAAACGCCCCAAAAAACCCAACUCGGACGAGUUCGUUCUCCUCUGAGCCCCCCCAAAUCCAUCCCUCCCCCCCCAAACACUGGAUCGGCCCCGGGCGGUGCAGCCGCGGCUCGGGGGGGGCCGCGGGCACCUC